AUGCAGAAGCUCGCAAAGCGAGCCGCCCAGGCGCAGCGCCAGGCGACCCGUCGAGCACGGCAGCAAAUGGAGCGGGAGAAAAUCGACCACCGAAUGCGAAACCGCCAAGCCCUGAGAAGUGCCGUCUCCGAAGUCUGGCAGAACCUGAAGGAUGCCCGACAGGCCCGGAAGGAGGACUGGGAGAUGGGGCCUCUGGCGCCGAAGCGAGAUCUGGGAUUCAACAACUACGGAGCGUUCAGGGAGACGGCGCGACAGGACUGGACUAACCAUGGCCUGCACCAGGCACGGCCGCAGCUGAUUGAGAAGAGAUGUGCGUGGGCUGGCGGUGCUGGGCAACUCAAUCUUGCUCCUCAAGACCGAGUGGUCAUCAUGGACGGGCCUGACAAAGGCAAGAUUGAUCGCAUCAGGGAUGUUCAUCCAGAGAAUGGAACUGUCACCCUGGAGAAUCACCACAGGGCACUAUCCGUGGGCUUGUUUGAUGGCCCAGCUCGGUCGCAGGCCAUGCCCAUCUCGGUCGGCUCGAUACGACUCGUAUAUCCGCUUCGAAACCCGGAAAUCGGCGUCACCAGGGACGUCAUCAUCAACCAGCUCAAAGCCGUGCCCCCCAACAUGCAAUCGCCAAACAUGUCCCUCGACCGCUGGCAGUACGGCAGGAAGUGGGACCGGCUCGUCCCCGGGCUCAACGUGGUCAUCCCCUGGCCCGAGGUCCAAGCACCAGUAUUCGAAACCAUGAAGUGCGACACCGUCCGCGAGCAGGUCGAGCAGCGGACAUUCUACUACGGCCUCCUGUCACCACCCAUGCCAGACCAGGUCCUCGACGAGCUGCGCAACAAGUACUCGCGGUUCAGAACUCGCCACGAGCCGUGGUACAUUAAGCAGAAGGAGAUGGAGGAGGCAGCCAAGAAGGGCCGCCUCGAGGCCACCAGGUCUAUGCAGACGCCCUUGGCGGAGUUCCACGAGAGACGGAGAGAAGUACGCGACACCCUGGGCGAGCCGGAGCUCUCAGAAGACAUGCUGGAAAAGAUUGGAGAGUACAUGGCCAAGAAGAGGGAUGCGGCUUUGAGUCAGGGGGGCGUCUCGGAGGUUUCGUCACGAGCACCGGCAAGCUAG